AUCGAGAACAUUCAAUGUGAGAAGCUCGGCGUCGGACAACAUAAAACCUAGUCCGCCAAUUCUUCAGUUUUAUGUUUCGCCCAGCUACCUUCAUCGAAAGCGGCUGCAGCAUUAACUUGAUCAGUUAACGUCGUGUGAAACCGUUGAAUCUUUGUUUAUUCUUCGAGAAGUUCUUGCUGUCUUUGAGUGUGAGUCGAGAAGUAACGGCAAGCGGAAAUAGCAUCGCAGGCAGUAGGAGAGUACUUUGUUGCUGGGCGAGUAGUUCGUAGGAAAAGUGAAGUGCAGUGCGACGUGCAGUGGCUGGAAGUGAAAAGUGCCUUUCGUUAAACUCUGAGCAAGAGGGUUCCUGCGGCGCCAUGGACCUCGCGCAUGCGCUGUGGCAGCUGGUCGCUGCUUCCAUCCUGCUUUUCCUGGUUCACUGGUACAUGAAGAGGAAACAGCACUUCUGCUACUUCAAGGACCUCGGCAUUCCGGGACCAGAGCCAAGCAUCAUCACCGGCAACAUGAGCGAACUGCAAAAAAAGACACCUACAGUGGCCUACAGGGAAUGGAUAGAGAAGUACGGUAAAGUAGUAGGGUACUUCAAUGGCUACCGUCCUGUUCUGCUCGUCGCUGACCUCGACUUGCUCAAGAUGAUUCAAGUGAAGGACUUUCAAGAUUUCAUUGACAGAAGUCUUCUCUUCCAAUCCAAGAGGCCCCCGAGUCCCCACAACAAGUCUCUGAUCCAACUAACGGGCAAGCGCUGGAAGGAAGUCCGCAGCAUACUCACCCCCUCUUUCACCACCAACAAGCUCAAGAUGUUGGCUCCUGGCGUGGUGUGCAGCGUACGGGAGUUCGAGGACAAGAUCGCGGAGUACGCACGCUCCGGCGAGGAGUUCGAGAUCGGCGACCUGUACCAGGCGAUGACGUUGGACGUGAUCUGCCGCAGCGCCAUGGGUAUCGAGUACAACAUCCAGAAGAACCCCAAGCACAGCCUGCUGGUCUGCAGCCGCAUGCUCUUCAACUGCACCUUCUCCUGGGUCGCCGUGCUGCUCGCCUCCUUUCCCGAGCUGGACUUCAUACUGAACUACCUCAACAAUUGGAGGCUCGCCAGCAUCAACAACGGCGUUCACCCCUUCGAGGAAGUGCAGGAGAAGUGCGGAAACAUCGUCAGGCAGCGCCAGGUCGACAACUCGGCCCCGCAAAAGGACCUGCUGCAGCUGAUGAUCGAAGCCAAGUCAUCCAACGUGGACGUCGGAAGCGUCACCUCAGACCAGCUCACGGCCGCCGACGACAACGAACACGAACUCAAGCAGAGCGCACCGCCCUCGCCGAACGGCACCUCGUACACGAGCAAGACGGUACUGGACGACGACGACAUCACGCAGAACGCCUUCAUCGUCCUCAUCGCAGGGUACGAGACAACGAGCAACACGCUCACGCUCGUCUCCCACAUGCUGGUCAACUACCCCGAGGUGCAAGAGAAGGUGCGACAGGAACUGCUCGCUGCGCUGGGACCGGACGAGGAGAUCACUUACAACACAAUCCAGAAGCUGACCUACCUCAACUGCGUCAUCCAGGAAACCAUGCGCCUCUACCCGCCCAUAUUCGCGUUUGUCACGAGAGAGGCGGUGGUCGACAAGCAGUACGGGAAGCUGAAGAUUCCUGCCGGCACGGCGGUGAUGGCCGCUAUGGAGUAUAUCCACCGUGACCCCUGCAACUGGGAGAAGCCGAACACGUUCGACCCAGACAGGUUCCUUCCCGAGCGGCGCAUGGGCCAGAACCCGCUCGCUUUCCAGCCGUUCGGCGCGGGGCCGCGCAACUGCAUCGGCAUGCGGUUCGCGCACAUGGAGAUGCGCUUCACGCUCGCCCACGUUCUGCGCAAGUACCGACUCGAGGCCACGCCCAACAGCGACAAGGACCCUGCAGAGAUCGAGAUGAACCCUCUGGUGUUGCGGAUCAAGAGAGGAGUGAACGUCAAGGCAGUGCCCAUCUAGAAAUGCAUGCAGCUGCCUUCGUCCCGUCGUGUAAAUAGAUAUCGAACAGCUCAAUUCGCUCGUGUGCUCAUGAACUCAUCUGUACAUAUACCACGUCCAUGUACGAGUGUUUGUUUCUCAUUACGUGCCAAUAAACUGGGUGUUCUCACCAAUGUUGUUCCUACUCCGUGAA